CAUGCACGCUGCACAGACACAUAGGGAUGCGGUAAGCAAAAGCCUCUCUUGAAAAAAACUGCACACGAGUUGUGUAAAGUUGGAAAGUCUCGGUCUUUAUAAUACGAACGUAGGCCUAUCUCUCAUAGACUACGCCUAAUUGGGACACCUCCUUACUAUUGGAAUUAACUUAGCCUUUAUAGGCCUACCGUCGAAACAUGUAAACGGAAAACAAACUUGUUAAACUUUGGAAAAACGGGAAAUGAUAAACAAAUGAACAAGGAACAGAUGAGGAGCCAAUAAGUCUAUCACCUCACUGAUCUCUGGUGCUGGAAGCAGUGUUUUUGCGCUCAGGGUGAAAGCUUUAGUGGCCAGUUAACGCAUGAAUGAUGGAGGACCAGCGAGACCAAGACGUGUGGGCGAUGAUGAACGAUUCAUGGACCAACUCGAGUCGCGGUGGAAACGAGACGGGUACCAGGAACCAGACCGGCGUGAACCCCCUGAAGCGGAACGAGGAGGUGGCCAAAGUGGAGGUGACCGUUCUUGUCCUCGUCCUGCUGCUCGCGUUGGCCGGUAACCUUUGCGUACUCUUGGCUAUACAUACGAGCAAGCACAACCACUCUCGAAUGUACUACUUCAUGAAACACCUCAGUAUUGCGGACCUGGUGGUGGCAAUCUUCCAGGUCCUCCCGCAGCUCAUAUGGGACAUUACAUUUCGCUUCUACGGGUCUGAUUUACUGUGCAGGCUGGUGAAGUACCUACAGGUUGUCGGGAUGUUCGCGUCCACCUACAUGCUUGUUCUAAUGUCCAUAGACAGAUGCUUGGCGAUAUGUCAGCCCCUCCGCUCGCUGCACAAGAGGAAGGACCGUUUUUAUGUGAUUGCUUCUUGGAUGCUUAGUCUGGUUUUCAGUACCCCUCAAGUGUACAUAUUUUCCUUGAGGGAGGUGGGCAACGGAGUUUAUGACUGUUGGGGAGACUUCGUAGAACCUUGGGGCGCCAAGGCGUACAUUACAUGGAUUAGUCUUACAAUCUACAUCAUUCCAGUGGCUAUUCUAAGUAUUUGCUAUGGCCUGAUAAGUUUUAAAAUAUGGCAAAACUUUAAAAUGAAAACCAGACGGGAUCAGUGUAUGUCUCAGACGCCGCGGACGUCCAAAGGUGCAGCGCUCUCUCGGGUGAGCAGCGUGAGGCUCAUAUCAAAAGCGAAGAUCCGAACUGUCAAAAUGACUUUUGUCAUUGUCGUAGCUUAUAUUGUUUGUUGGACUCCUUUUUUCUUCGUACAAAUGUGGUCGGCAUGGGACCCUGCUGCGCCCAGAGAAGACAUGGCGUUCAUCAUUGCCAUGCUGCUGGCCAGUCUGAACAGCUGCUGUAACCCGUGGAUCUAUAUGUUCUUCGCUGGACACCUGUUCCACGACCUAAUGAGGUGCUUCAUCUGCUGCUCCUCACAGUACCUGAAGGCCUCACAGUGUGGCGGGUGUGACCGCCAGCAGAGCCGCAGGAGCAUCUCCACCUCCACCUUCGUCAUCAAGAACCAUAGUAGUCAGAGGAGCAUCACUCACACCACCAGCACAUGAGGAGUGAGGACCAUGGAGGAGAUGAGUUGGGGUGGGACAGGAACUCACUACUCCCGAAAGCCCUUCUUCAUAUCAGUCAGAGAGGGGGUUGCAUGGUGAAGACUUAGAUCUUCACCAUGCAAUGCUUAUCGAUGAGGUGGGCCAGAUACCAGCAAGAAGUGCAGCACACAGAUCUCCAGCACAUGAAGACCAUGGAGAGAGGUUAAGUUGGGUACUCUAAACCUGAAAGACCUUCAUCCAAGGCUUGGUGUGGGCCAGGUAACCCUGUAAGACCAGGGCCUCAUUUCCCAGAGCCUUUGUAGCGUUAAGAUCAUCGUUAGAACGAUCUUACGAUUGCAUACACUUGAAAACCCUCAUUAUUUACCGAAUGCCUCAGACGACUCGUAGAACAGCUAAGUGCAUCAUUAGUGUACAUCUUGAUUCUAUGUUUAGCUAUCUGUCUGACUGUGACCGCCGAUAACUUCAGAACGAAGUUCAAUACAAAUAUAAAGUUGCCCAAGUAUUUGCCAUUGUUAUAAGUGGAGGAUAAAACGAUGCUUCAAAUGAAAACUGAGAUGACUUCAUUAAAAGAUAAAUAGGCUACAUGGGCCUAUACAGUGCCUUCAGAAAAUGUUCAUACCCUUGACUUGUUCCACAUUUUGUUGUGCUACAGACAGAUUUGAAA